UUGGACUUCAGUAACUGAUGGCUUUUCCUCCCUAGGUUGAUCUAUCACGACUGUCCCCCGAAGAGAGAUGGAGGGUCGAGCAUGCUCGGAUGCACGCCAAGCACCGUGGCCAUGAGGCCAUGCAUGCCGAAAUGGUCCUCAUCCUCAUUGCCACGCUAGUGGUUGCACAGCUCCUCUUGGUACAGUGGAAACAGAGACAUCCUCGCUCCUACAAUAUGGUGACCCUCUUCCAGAUGUGGGUUGUUCCCCUUUAUUUCACGGCGAAGCUGCACUGGUGGCGAUUCCUGGUGAUCUGGGUCCUCUUCUCUGCUGUCACGGCCUUUGUCACUUUCAGAGCAACUCGUAAACCUCUUGUGCAGACGACUCCGAGACUGGUCUAUAAAUGGUUUCUACUGAUAUACAAGAUCAGCUAUGCCACUGGAAUUGUUGGGUACAUGGCUGUAAUGUUCACUCUUUUUGGUCUUAACUUAUUAUUCAGAAUCAAACCCGAAGAUGCAAUGGAUUUUGGUGUUUCCCUCCUGUUCUACGGCCUUUAUUACGGAGUACUUGAGAGGGACUUUGCUGAAAUGUGUGCGGAUUACAUGGCAUCAACCAUAGGGUUUUACAGCGCAUCAGGAAUGCCAACGAAGCACCUUUCUGACAGCGUCUGCGCCGUGUGUGGCCAACAGAUCUUUGUAGAUGUCAACGAAGAAGGGAUCAUAGAGAACACAUACAGGCUUUCCUGCAAUCAUGUAUUCCACGAGUUCUGCAUCCGAGGCUGGUGCAUCGUUGGGAAGAAACAGACGUGUCCAUACUGCAAAGAGAAGGUGGAUCUCAAGAGAAUGUUCAGUAACCCCUGGGAAAGGCCCCACGUCAUGUACGGGCAGCUGCUCGACUGGCUACGCUACCUGGUGGCCUGGCAACCCGUUAUCAUUGGACUGGUACAAGGGAUCAACUACAUCCUGGGGCUGGAAUAAAUGCUGAGCGGCCAGCGAGCCGGGGACAUCACAGCAGGACUUCGACAGCAGUGGCGGAGGGCAACAGCUGGCCAGGAAGACUUGCUUGUAUCAUUCACCUCUCAGGAUCUUACACGCCCACAACACGUCUCCGGGGACUAAGGGAAAGACUUGGCGCUGGCCAGCUCCCAGCAAAGCGGGUUUAUGCUGGGGCGGGGGAAGGGUAUUCUUUUUUAAAGCGAUUAUUUUAAUGAGCGUAUUUAAAACUUUAUAUUGCAGAUUAAAAAGGAAAUUAAUGUU